CGGGGGAGGGCCGGCGGAGGGAGGAGGCCCGGAGGAGGAGGAGGAGGAGGAAGGGGGGAGGCCGGAGGCCGCCGCCAUGAACAGCGUGGGCGAGGCGUGCACCGAGCUGAAGCGCGAGUACGACCAGUGCUUCAACCGCUGGUUCGCCGAGAAGUUCCUCAAGGGCGAGAGCGGCGGGGACCCCUGCGGGCAGCUCUUCAAGCGCUACCAGCUCUGCGUGCAGAAAGCAAUCAAGGAGAAGGACAUACCCAUAGAAGGCUUGGAGUUCAUGGGCGCAAGCAAAGCGAAAACCGAAAACUCCUCUUGACUUCAGCUGUAUGGAUGGAGUCACUUACGCAGGCCUUUGGACUGAAACGUGACCAGGCAGAAGACAGCACGCCACCUGCAUAAGAGCUGUGUUUUUAGGAAGCGCGGAAUGCUCUCACUUAUAAAAGCAAACUGCCACAGAAAAAGACUGGAUCACGUGGUAACUUCUGCCUCCUUUUGAAUGAAUUUCGGUGGUGGUUCAGCAUCUAACAGUGUGAACAGACGGUUUAACUAACUUCCCAUUGAAUGUACCCUGUGAUGGGAGAAUGCGUAUUGGGAUGUUGAACUUACUAGGAGUUGGUUUAUGACUCGUUUCUCUUGCUUAUUUAUAUAACACUUGACAGUGUCUAAAAGGAAUAUGAAGAAGGUUAAUUUCCUUUGUCUCAUCUCUGUGGUGCUGGAUUUUGGUGGAAGAAGUUUGAUUUAUACGAUCCCGAAUGCUUAGGGGCUAAAGCAUUGUUUUGUGUCAGCAACAGAGAUGGUAGAAAAGCACUUUUGCUGGACCUGCAAUAACUUACUUAGCUAAAAUAAAUAUAACCCGGUUAUACUUUGUUCAAGCGGG